AUGACCCUCUCUGUGUUCCUCAAUGUGCUCCGGGACGAAGACCUUCAGGCAUUCAGCUCCGCUGCCCCAAAGCUGGCUGAGGCACUGUGUCCACUCUUUGACAAUGACAACAGCCACGUGCAGCUGCUCUCCAUUCGCCUCUUCCGAGAAAUGAUGGAGUUUCUGGCAGAAGAGGGACAAAAGACACUUGUGCAGCAGAGCCUGGUGCCGCUGUUCUUCCACUGCCGUGACGAGAACCAGUGCGUGGCAGAGGCCUCUCGGGAAACACUCCUUUGUGCUGCAAGUUUCCUCAAGAGAAGGGAUCUUGAGCAGCUGCUGAGGAAACAGCAGCACUUUGAGUUCUGCGAUUGCCUGAUGGACAAGGAUGUCAACCUAAGGGACGAGCACCUGCGCCAGGCCCUGCCCUACCUGCAGAGCCCACAGCAGCCCCUGCGAGAGGCGGCCGUCAGGUUCAUGG